UAUGUUUGAAACUUACUAUAUUAUAUAACAUUAGAUUGUUUACGUGUAGGUUUAUGUAACUUCAAUAAAAACAGUGACGUAAAAUAACCUUGAAAGAUGAAUGGAACAUUGGUAUUUGGGCGCCCGCUAUCUUGUAUAAAAAGCCGCAUAUUAAAUAAAGAAUAUUUCAAUAAGUGUGUGACAUCGAGUUCUUUCAGAGGUUUUUCCUUAUCGUCAAGUAAAAACAUGAAGCUUGUACAGUUUAGUUAUAACGAGAAACCAAAAAAUGUUUAUGUAGGAUAUGUUGAGGGAAACGGCGUAGUUGAUGUAAAUAAGUUAGAUAAUACUCUUUCUAAUACUUUACUAGGUAUUUUGAAUAAUGGAGACUUAGAAAAAGUUAAAGGAAUCAAAUUAAAGAAUCCUACACCAGAACCUCUUAGCAACAUAAGACUAGUAGCACCCAUCACAGGUCAAGAUAAAGUUCUGUGCAUCGGCCUGAACUACAUGGACCAUUGCAAAGAGCAGAACAAGACACCUCCAGAAGUGCCUAUGAUCUUCAGCAAAUUUGCCAGUUGUGUUAUUGGACCUAAUGAUCCUGUAAAGCUGAGAACUGAAGUAACUAAAAAAGUCGACUGGGAGGUGGAACUGGCUCUCGUAAUCGGCAAGGAGGCUUCGUGUGUGAAGGCCGCGGAUGCAUUUAACUACAUACUUGGGUACACUGUGGCUCAAGAUAUAAGCGCGCGCGAUUGGCAGAAGGACAAAAAUGCCGGCCAAUUCCUACUAGGCAAGUCGAUGGACACGUUCUGCCCAAUAGGGCCUUGGAUAGUGACCAGCGAUGAGAUCGGAGAUCCCCAGAAGCUGGAUAUCGAAUGCAGCGUGAACGGCGAGUUGAAGCAGAACAGCAACACGUGUCAGUUGGUACAUAAGAUACCUGACGUCAUAGAGAGACUUACUUCUGUGAUGACCCUUUAUCCUGGUGACAUACUCCUGACGGGAACUCCGGGAGGUGUGGGUUUGUACCUUAAUCCACCACAAUUUCUCAAGCCAGGCGACGUAGUCACAAGCACUAUCCAAAACAUAGGCACGUUGGAAACUAAAAUUGAACAGUAUGUAAAGAAAGGUUAAGUGAGAAUUUUCUUCGGCAGCUAAACGUAUUCAUAUCCGCAUAGUGAUGUAGUUAUGUUUUUUCAGUUUCGAUAUUUAUCCCCACUUGUUUUUCCCCAUUUAAACUUAUUCGUCUUAAAAUUGAGGUUUACCAUUUUACCUCUAAAAUUCUCUUCAAUUGGUGUUUGAUACACGGAUAAAGUACAUUUUGAUCUUCAGAUUAACAAC